CCGGGGCCUUAAACGCAUAUAUGAUCUGAGUGCCAGGCCGAAUCGAAUAUUAGCUUGCUUAAAUUUGAUAUCGCUUCCUGACUCAUUUCAGGUCGUCCACUCUGCUGCCGCUUCGCAUCAAAUAAAUUCUGGUCAUCAAACCUUUAGCGUAACUACAUCACAAAUCACAAUUAUAAUUUUCAAAUAGUUUAUGAAAACGGUGUUGAGUGAGGAUAUAUAACAAUAAAGUAGUAUACAUAGUUUCUAUAGUAGUCAGCUAACUUUACUUCCAAAUAAAAACAUACGUGGACUUCCAAAUAAAAACACAUGUGGAAAAUGACAUUCAAACAGCAACAUAUAAACAACGACCAUGGUUAUGAAACAUACCUAGAUUCGUCACGACUUUGGAAAAUAAGAUUUUUUAUGGCUCAUUCGAUUCUCAUCACUUGCUGAAUUAAUACUCAUUCGACCAAUAAAACAUUAGUACGUAUUUAGUAAAUCUGUCUAGCGAACGAAGAAAAACAAGCUCAUUUCCGUGCAAGGUGUUUUCACGUUUUUCUCGCAGUGAAAGUAACUCGUGCUGGGAUAAGGUGUGUGGAGAAAGAAGUUCUGUAGUGCUGCACGACUGCCCACACAAGUUAUUGUCCGUGUGAACGUGCCCGCCGAGAACUUUACCGCCCGGCGUCUCUUGAAGAAGUUGAAUUCUCCUUCUAUUGAAUCUCUAAAUUACAGAAACCCAAAUUCAUGUUUCAUCAGUAAAAUAAUGAGUGACGAUAUUAUGACUGUUUUUAGUGCAUUUCAAGAUUAUUUAAGCAAAGAACAAGAGCUUCGUGAUAAAAUCCGUGAUAUAGUGAAAGAUAUUGAAAAAGUAACUCGAGACAUUGUUAUGACUUUACAAAAUAUCCACAAUGAUCAAAUAGAAGAAAAUAUCAUUAUACAAUAUUGUUUCAAAGCUCGUAACUCAUUUGAAGAUAUUCAGCAACAUUAUAAAAAAUUAUCGAUUCUCAUACCAAAAGAUCAGUAUUAUUACUAUCAUGAUCAAUGGAAAUCAGUUACUCAAAAACUAUGUUUUCUUGUUUCCCUUGUUAUUUAUUUGGAGAAAAAAAUUCUCGUGAACAAAGAAACAGUAGCAGAAAUUCUAGGAAUGAGUACCGACAGAGAAAAUGGUUUUUAUUUAGAUUUAGAAGAUUUCUUAAUGGGGAUAUUACAAUUGUCAUCAGAAUUGAGCCGAUUUGCUGUUAAUAGUGUCACUAAUGGAAAAUAUCAUCGUCCUAUUGAAAUUGCUCAUUUUGUUAAUCAACUUAAUGCAGGGUUUCGUCUUCUAAAUUUGAAAAACGAUUCAUUAAGGAAACGUUUUGAUGCUUUAAAAUAUGAUGUUAAAAAAAUUGAAGAAGUUGUUUACGAUCUUAGUGUACGGGGUUUAAAUUCAAAUAUUACUCAAAACUAAGUUAUCUGUCAUAUAAAGUAUAUGUUUAAAUAAAUCAGUAUAACGAAUAGUCUUACGUUUUAUAAAUUGAAUUCAGGUUUUGAAUGACGAAUUAAAUUAUAUAUUAAUAUAAUUUAUUACAACAUUUUUAUAAAAAUAUAUCAAAUCGCAUUUAAAUGAAUCGUUUCAUUAUUGUCAUCUAGAAAUUCAUCCAUACACUCUUUAAAUUGUAAAUUACACACCGCUACCGAGAAACAGAUAAGCCCAUAGCACGUGUUUGCCAACCUCGGUUCGACUUGGUUAUCAAUUCUCAGGUGCUAUGGACUCAUCAAUACUUUCCUGACUUAGGUGCGUAAUCUAUUAUUAUAUACUUUCUGUCAUACUAUAUAUGCUCAUAUUUAUCUUGAAUAAUUUA